AUGCGUUUCUCACUCAUCUCCGCAAUUGGUACCCUUGGAAGCGUCGUGGCCCAGCCUGUGACUCGCGCUCUCACUUCCAACCAGAUGGUUGACGGCCUGAAACAGCUUACCACCAAAGCAAACGCACUUGAAAGACCCGCCAAGUCCAUCACUGUUGUUAACAGUCCUCUCAUCGUUAUCGGUCAAGGCCCUUGGCCUGCAAUCGUCUCAGGAUACACGGACAUUGUAUCGACAGCGACCACAAUCAUUGCUCAGACUCCAGGCACCCAGCCGUCAUUUGGAGACAGCUGUGAAGCCGUUACCGAAGGCUACCUCAAAUUUGCCAGUACCAACGAGGAAGUACUCAACAUCCUGAUCGGCAAAGCGGGAAUUCUUACCCAAAUGCCAUUCAUUGGUCCUCCCGUCUCCGCUGUCCUCAGACAGGUCGAGGGCGUUUAUGACAAUCUCACCAUCUUCCUGAUCAACACCUGCGAGUCCGAUGCCAAGAAUAUCCAGGAGCAGGGUAACACCCUCGGUGCUGCCCUUGAGAAGGCCAUCAAGGCUUAUGAGAGACUUCAGGUCUAA